CUGUCUUCCAGCCUGGCCUCGUCGAAAGAAGCUGCGGCGAGGAAAUCCGCCACCCCGAUGCCGCCCUCCGAGUUCCUGGACAAACUCAUGGGCAAGGUUUCGGGGUACGACGCCAGAAUCCGACCGAAUUUUAAAGUGUACAACAAAGACCCCAAAGGCUCCAAAAAUGAAGCUACUCACAAGAAAGGUCCGCCGGUGAACGUAACCUGCAACAUUUUUAUCAACAGUUUUGGGUCCAUCGCUGAAACAACAAUGGACUACAGAGUGAACAUCUUCUUGAGACAGCAGUGGAACGACCCUCGGCUGGCCUACAGCGAGUACCCCGACGAUUCGCUGGACCUGGACCCCUCUAUGUUGGACUCCAUCUGGAAACCGGACUUGUUCUUCGCCAACGAGAAGGGGGCCAACUUCCACGAGGUCACCACUGACAACAAGCUUCUACGCAUCUCUAAAAACGGCAACGUGCUGUACAGCAUACGAAUAACACUGAUCCUGGCCUGUCCCAUGGAUCUGAAGAACUUCCCUAUGGACGUCCAGACCUGCAUCAUGCAGCUGGAGAGCUUCGGCUACACCAUGAACGACCUCAUAUUCGAGUGGGAUGAGAAGGGAGCCGUGCAGGUGGCUGACGGCCUCACGCUACCUCAGUUCUUACUCAAAGAGGAGAAGGACCUGCGCUACUGCACCAAGCACUACAACACAGGUAAAUUCACCUGUAUCGAGGCUCGUUUCCACCUGGAGCGUCAGAUGGGCUACUACCUGAUCCAGAUGUACAUCCCCUCGCUGCUCAUCGUCAUCCUGUCCUGGGUUUCCUUCUGGAUCAACAUGGACGCCGCGCCCGCCCGGGUGGGUCUGGGCAUCACCACCGUGCUGACCAUGACCACGCAAAGCUCUGGUUCCAGAGCCUCCCUGCCCAAGGUGUCCUACGUAAAAGCCAUUGACAUCUGGAUGGCCGUGUGUCUGCUGUUUGUGUUCUCGGCCCUGCUGGAGUACGCCGCCGUCAACUUCAUCGCCCGCCAACACAAGGAGCUGCUGCGCUUCCGACGGAGGCGACGACACAUGAAGGAGGAUGAGACAGGCGAGGGGCGCUUCAGUUUCCCCGGCUACGGCAUGGGCCCCGCCUGCCUGCAGGCCAAAGACGGCAUGGCCAUCAAGGGCAACAACAACAACGCGCCGGCCUCGGCCGCGCCAGAGAAGACCAUCGAGGAGAUGAAGAAGCUGUUCAUUGGCCGGGCCAAACGCAUCGACACAGUGUCCCGCGUGGCCUUCCCGCUCGUCUUCCUCAUUUUUAACAUUUUCUACUGGAUCAUUUACAAGAUCAUCCGCAGCGAGGACAUCCACAAGCAGUAGUGGAGAGGCGGAGGAGGAGGGCGAGAACAGUGCAAAGAGGAGAAUGCAGAGAAACAAAACGAAAGUAGGAAACAGCGAGAGAUGACUUCAAUAGAAGAUUAUUAUUGCCCCUUUUUUUCACGCUAGCCCCGCCUCCCUUCCUCGUCGUCUUCCUUUAUCCCCUUCCUCGUUUGGUCGAGGAAAAGUUGCUUUUUGUGGCAGUCGCCUUCCUCAACCCUGACACCCACUAGACAUAAUUUGAGAUUCUGGCUUUCUUUUCCCCGAUUAUUCUCCUCUCUUGCCCCCUUAAAUCCCAACUCAUUCCGUUCCUUUACACCUCCUGAAUAAUCCGGACCAGUGCAAUAGCAAUGCAGUAAAAUGCAUGAUAUAUGAAUGUGGCAAUAUAUUACUGAAAAGAUGAACAUUUUUAAAUUAAACACAGACUAUUGUGAGGCACACCCAACACACUGUGUGGCGUGGACAGGCUGGAAAGAAACAAGACGAGAGGGUCCUUAUAAAGAGUCUUGUAUUUGAUUUAAGGGUUUUCUUUUUUGUGUGAAGACAGAUAUAUAGUUCCAUAUGAAGAAAACAUGAUGUUGGGACGGGGUGGGGGAUGUGCCAGAAGCAUACAGCAGUGUAAUAUACUCAUUUAUCUAUCAUAAAUGGGAGAAGAAAAAAAAAACUUUAUUUGCAAAGAUGGGCAUCUGGAAUUGAGGGGUUUUCACCCCACAAAAAGGAAAGGAAGGCGGAUCGGUGCUUCCAUUUAUAAAGCGAUGCAAGGAUCACGCAUUCUAUAUAUCUCGAUUUGCUUCAAACGUGUAUUGCAAGCACUCCUCAGCACUUUUCCUCGCCGCCCCCGCCGCUGCCGCCGCCAACACCACGACACCUUGAACUGCAGAGACACUUGAGGUUUGCUGCUGCCGCUGUCAAUCAUACCACUGGACAUUAAGAGAAAAAAAAAAUCAUUUAAUGAAACACUGGACGAGCAGUGCUGAAGAUUUUGAGAAAAAAUAUCUCAUUUAUCUGUGGUUCCUCUACCUUUCUUUAAGUUGUUUCAUAUUGCAUUUGUUGUUGUUUUUGGUUUGUAUCUUUAAUUUAUGUGCCAAGUAAACGCGACGCUUGUGGCUGCGCGGCGCUCCGCAGCUGCAACCUUUUUGUCAAGAGGAAGGCGAAUGGUUUGACGUUGAGCAACGUUUUUUGUUGUUGUUUUUUUUUAAAUCCCUGAGAGAUCAGUUUGUUUUCAUCGACUGGAGCGAAUCGAUCCCGGACAGAGUCAAAUAGAUACCCUCGUUUGCGUUCCUCGUUGUGUUCGUCGGGACUGAACCACAGAAAUAUUUACGUCUUAUUAGUGCUUCCUUGCUUUGACCCCGCCUUAAUGUGACACCCCACCCUUUCCCCAGCUGAGAGGACAUAUGUAGUAAAUUAUACUGAUUAUAGCACCUAUUGUACCUUAAUUAACUGUAUUUCCAUCUCAUUCACACACACCAACUCUAGCUACAAACGCCAUCUUUAAUGAAAGCUGCAUCAUCAUGCACAUGGAGUAUAAAAACAGAUUUAAUUUUUCGCCAUAGCCAUGUUGGACAGGAUUUGAUCAUUCAGCGGGUCAUUUGGUUUGAUUGACGAUUUAUCAGAAGACAUUUUGCUAUUUUAAAUUGCGCCAGGCUUCUCUAUGCAAUGAUCAGUAUAUGCAAUUAUAUAUUUUUUUCCUUCGUUUCAGCAAUUCCCAUCUCCAAAACCUUUCUGUGAGUUGUCUUCUGGCUCAUUCAUCCCACUGUUACCAUAGACUGUAAAUAUUAAUGGACAGAGCAUCCGGUUCAGCGAAGUGCUGCAAAUGAGGAAGUGCCUUAAAGCUGCAUUCUGUCUGGAUUCCAGCAGGGGGCGACACAUGUUGCAAAAGGAGGUCUGUUUCUGUAGAAGUCUGUGAGAAAGUGACCCACUUCUCACUAGAUUUAUUACCUUAAUCAACAUUUUCAUAAUUAGUUAAUGGUCUCAAUCGCUAGUUUUAAGUCUUCUGUAACACAGAAUAAUGUUUUUUUUUUUAAAUUAUGGUCUCGUUGAUUUUAAAAUCGGCGAUAAAGUAGGGGGUGUUUUAGGGCGUGGCUAUGAUGUGCUCGACAGUUCACGGCCUGUCAUACUGUAUGUAAUAAAACUAUAGGACAAAUAUAUUUUUCAAACCUAGCGAAGCUAAAUCUUACCUUGAAUUAUGUAGGCUGGCUUUCAGCAGCAGUUGCAUUCAGACGAAUUCAGACGAGUCAAACAAUUCAGUGAAAGUGUGUAACGUAGUGUAAGCAGUGUUGCCACUGCGAUACAUCAACCAAUGUGUCCCCGAGCAAGACACUUAAACCCUAGUGCGACCUCUGACAUAUAUACCAAUUGUAGGUCGCCUUGGAUAAAAACAUCAGCUAAAUGACAUGUAAUGUAAUGU